CUACACAGUGACUGGGCCUUAAAACCCCGUGGCGAAACACGACGCAGAAGCCUGAGUUUUAGCAAAAGUAAGAAACCGCAAGAGAAAAGAAAGAGUGCGAGAAAGCAAAAGAAGAUGAGCAGCGAGGCCAAAACCAAUAGCACAACAGCUGCAGGAAGAGGAGGAGGAAGCGGUGGCGGUGGUGGUGGCGGAAGGGGAUUUAGGGCGAGGAUGGAGCACUACUUGUACAGCGGUGAGAAGAAGCACGUAUUUGCAGGCAUCGUUAUUAUCAGCGCCGUCUUUGCCGUUCCUUGGUACCUCAUGAAUCGAGGGGCAAAGCAUCAAUCUCAUCAAGAUUACUUGGAAAAAGCUGAUAAGGCAAGGAGUCAAAGACUUUCUUCCGGGGCGCCUGCCGCUGCUAAAUGAUUUCAUGUUGAAGAAUCUCCUCUGCAAUGUAUCUUUGUUGUUUGACACUCUUUUUGCCUUCCUCGACCCGUUUUCCAGAAGAGUGGCUUCUCAUGAUCCUUGAGGAGCAAUGGGUUGUUUUGCUUAUUUUCUUUUCGAUAGGUACAAACGUACGGCUUAUGAGGCAUCGUUUUGAAUGAUUAGGCAGAACCGAACUUCUGUUUCCAGUCAUGUUGAGGUGCAUCCAUGUGAGGAAUUCAUUUGAUUUCUAGCUCGCAACGGGUUCCGUUCGGUAUCAUCUUGAGCUUGCAUUGUUCGGUAACAUUCGGUUAAAAACUCCGGUGUCUUGAUUGUUGAACCAAAACAAGGACGCCCUUGUGUGAAUGGCGAAUUUGUUGA